AUGACAUUUUUCUAUGAUCUUGGAGGAGAAAAGCUCCUCGAAGUUGGAAGUUUAAAUAAUCCUAAUGUUGAUCUGUAAAAGUUUGUAGCUUUCGCAUUAAUUGGGAAAGCUAAUGAAGAGAGAGUUUCCAAUUUUAAUGAUUGUCCCUUUGAAUUUUCUCUUUUUCAUAAUAGAAACUGGACUUAGAGUGUUGGAUUUACUAAAUUUUCUUUUGGAUCAGACAUAUUAGUAAUCAUUUGA